AUGUCUGAAAAGAAAGAGCUUUUCAAAAAUAAUGUAAGUAAAGAGAUCAAGCUUGAAGAUAGAUUUCUUAGAGAAGUAGUACUAUCUGAAGAUGAUAAUAUGACUGAUAUUGAGUUUGAAGAGGACCUGCGUGUUGAUGACAUGGCUGAAGAUACUGGACCUGGCUUAUCUGAUAUUGAGUUUGAAGAGAACCUGCAUGUUGGUAACAUAACUGAAAAUACUGAACCUGGCUUACCUAAUAUAGAGUUUGAAAAGGACCUGUGUGUUGGUGACAUGGCUGAAGAUACUGAACUUGGCUUAUCUGAUUGUUUGUCUAAAGAGAUCAUAAGUUCUGAAUUAUUUUGUGAAAAA